UCACAAUGCUGGUACUGUCGUUGCCGCAUGACAAGCCCACUUCGUAUCUUGACACUGGGAUGUUUCAUACAAAAGGACGGGAUUGUAUCUAAAGAUAAGUAAUUGCUGCUCAGAAAACCCAGUCAGUGUGAAAGCAACUGUCAAAUACAAUUUGAGGGGACAUUUGUAUACUGUAGCGGUCCUAUAAAUAGGCUGUGUUUUUGAAUAAUAGUCUGAAUCGAGGCAGCCUAUAUGCAAGUGAUAUUCAAUUGUUCAACGCGAGUAAAACGGCCUGUUCAAGAACAUGUUGUUGAUUUUCUCAUUGUCGGCUCAUUGGUUCUCGUUAUGUUUUCGCUUUCAGGAUUUUAUUUCAGCAACGCAUCUGUAGGCUAUUUUUAGAUGUCACCAAUAACAUAAAUAUUAAAUACUGAAACGUAUGCUAUUGCAGCCAUUUUAAGUAUUUGUUUUUAGACCGAUAAAGCCAUAAAGAAUUCAUGAUUACUGUUCAACAGGGAUAAUGCCCACAGCAGAGCUGGCCUACAAUCGCGUUAUGUAAUUCUAAUUAUACUUGCUGUUUCAUCUUUAACAUUAAGGUGGACCCGCUGCGCUGUCACUAUGAGGUCCGGGAAUAUGGGGGGUGGAAUGGGCCAAAAUUAAGACGAACGACCGCAAAUCAUCGUAAACCCAAGCUGAAGAACUCACGAACAGAGCAAAGCUGUAAAUGCUGAACAUGUCCACCCCUGGUGACCUGAAGCCCCCGUGUGUGACGAGGAACGGCAUGGUCAAGCUGCCCCCCCAGCCCAACGGCUUGGGCUCAGCCAGCAUCACCAAGGGGACGCCGGCCGCCAAGAACCGCCUGUGCCAGUCCUCCUCAGUGCCCACCAUCCUGCCCCCGCCUGGCCUGCCGUACCACGCUGACCCGAUCCCCACCGCCGCCUCCCUCCUGGGGCCCGACCCCGACCGGAUCUCCCCCACGUCCGCCCAUCCCCCGCUCCGCAGGUUCCCCAUGCCGCCCGGGGAGGGCCAGCUGGUGCUGGACGAGAAGGUCCUGAACCGGCUGCUGUGGUACUUCACCACUGCCGAAAAGUGCACCCUUGCGCAGGUGUGCAAGACCUGGCGUAAGGUGCUGUACCAGCCAAAGUUCUGGGAUGGGGUAACUCCCAUCCUGCACGCCAAGGAGCUAUACAACCUGCUGCCCACUGGGGAGAAGCAGUUUGUCAGCCUGCAGGCCUUUGCCCUCCGGGGCUUUCAGGCCUUCUGCCUGGUGGGCGUCUCUGACCUGGACAUUUGCGAGUUCAUCGAUAACUACCCGCUGUCCAAGAAGGGCGUCAAGUCUGUCAGCCUCAAGAGGUCAACCAUCACAGACGCCGGCUUGGAGGUAAUGCUGGAACAAAUGCAGGGUCUGGUGCACCUGGAGCUUUCGGGCUGUAAUGACUUCACGGAGGCGGGGCUGUGGUCGGGCCUGAACGCGAGGCUGACUUCGCUGAGCGUGAGCGACUGCAUCAACGUGGCCGACGACGCCAUCGCCGCCAUCUCGCAGCUGCUGCCCAACCUGGCGGACUUGAGCCUGCAGGCCUACCACGUGACGGACACGGCCAUGGCCUACUUCACCGCCAAGCAGGGCCACACCACCCGCACCCUGCGCCUGCACUCCUGCUGGGAGAUCACCAACCACGGCGUGGUCAACAUGGUGCACAGCCUGCCCAACCUGACCGCGCUCAGCCUGUCCGGCUGCUCCAAGAUCACCGACGACGGCGUGGAGCUGGUAGCCGAAAACCUGCGCAAGUUGCGCAGCCUGGACCUGUCCUGGUGCCCGCGCAUCACCGACGUGGCGCUGGAGUACAUCGCCUGCGACCUGCACAAGCUGGAGGAGCUGGUGCUGGACCGGUGUGUGCGGAUAACUGACACAGGGUUGGGCUACCUGUCCACCAUGUCGUCCCUCCACAGCCUGUACCUGAGGUGGUGUUGCCAGGUGCAGGACUUCGGGUUACAGCACCUGUUCGGCAUGCGAAGUCUGCGUCUUCUGUCCCUCGCAGGCUGCCCCCUGCUGACCACCACUGGCCUGUCAGGCCUGAUACAGCUGCAGGACCUGGAGGAGCUGGAGCUGACCAACUGCCCCGGGGCCACCGCCGAACUCUUUAAGUACUACUCCCAGCACCUGCCCCGCUGCAUGGUCAUUGAGUAGCAGCAGAGCAGCCACAGAAUAGAAACACAACAUGUCCACACCUAAAAUCCCCCGCUUUGGUCAAAAGAAAAAAAGAACAAAAUCUGACCCACGUGGAUUUCACCCAAAACCCUGAAGGGGGCCCGCGCAAAAGGGACACGUGAGACGAAGAGAACGUAGAACGCCAGAAAUAAUUAGAAAGAAAAUUCGACUAAUAAAAUAAAAUCUCGACAUAAUAACCACAGUUGGUGAGAUGCUGAAAGCAAAAGACAGCCCUGAUGGAGUUUUUUAUUUUGCUUUUUUUGUUUUGUUUUAUAAAGCAGGGAAAGUGUUCAAAUGUGUUUUACAAGAAAAAAGCGUGCUGAGAUUAACACCAACUUCACUCGCGUACAUGCGUGCACACGUAUUGUAUGACGCAUAAAACUACAUGUUUAACAGUGAAACUUGGCUUUGGUGUGACAUCAUUCCAUGUUCUUUUAUUUUUCAAAAAAAGAAAAAUUAAAAUAAAAAUCAAAAGGAAGAAAAUACAGAGACCCAGGAGAGGGAUCCUUCUUGUUCUGGCUCUGAGAGUCUGGAGGCUGGGGUGUGUGUGAGGAAGAGGACAAAUUUGGACAGACAUCACCUGACAGGAUUUAGAGGCAUUCACUUUACAUUCUGCAAACAGUGGCUUUUUUUUUUACAUUUCUGUGUCUUAAAAAAAAAAAAAUAUGAAAAAAGAAAUAAAACGUUUACCU